AUGGCGGGGCUGACCCUGUUCGUGAGCCGUCUUCCCCCCUCGGCCCGCAGCGAGCAGCUGGAAGAGCUGUUCAGCCAGGUGGGCCCGGUGAAGCAGUGCUUCGUGGUGACUGAGAAAGGGAGUAAGACAUGCCGUGGCUUUGGCUAUGUCACCUUUUCGAUGCCGGAAGACAUUCAGAGGGCCCUCAAGGAGAUUACCACCUUUGGAGGCAGCAAGAUCAGUGUGACUGUCGCCAAGAAAAGACUAAAGAACAAGGCUAAGGACAAGGGGAAAAAUGAAAAUUCAGAGGCCCCAAAGAAGACACUGGAGCCUAAAAAAGCCAAAGUGGCAGAUAAGAAAGCCAGAUUAAUUAUUCGGAACCUGAGCUUUAAGUGUUCAGAAGAUGACUUGAAGACAACGUUUGGUCAAUUUGGAACAGUCCUAGAAGUAAACAUUCCUAGGAAGCCAGAUGGAAAGAUGCGUGGCUUUGCUUUUGUUCAGUUCAAGAACCUCCUGGAAGCAGGAAAAGCUCUCAAAGGCAUGAACAUGAAAGAGAUAAAGGGGCGGACGGUGGCUGUGGAUUGGGCUGUGGCGAAGGAUAAGUAUAAAGACUCUCAGGGCGCCCCGGCCUCUGUCUCAGGUGAGGGGAAGAGCCCUGAUCCUAAACAGCAGGGAUCAGGUAAAGAGAAUGGCAGGGCCGACGCGGGUGAGGGCGAUGAUGACGAUGAUGAUGAUGGAGAUGAGGAGGCCAGUGACAGUGAAGAAAGUGAAGAUGAUGACAGUGUUGAGGAAGAGGAGAAAGAAAAAUCAAAGCUGGCGAAGCCGAUGCCGAUUCAGAAGAGAGGGGUCAAGAGAGCAGCGGCUGCAGAGAGCAGUGACGAGGAGCCGUCCGACGAGGACAGUGACCUGGAGUCAAGAGACGAUGAUGAAGAGCUGGCCCAGAGUGACAUGGACGCUGGAGAGCAGGAGGAGGAAGAUACACACAUCUCCAAGAAAAGGAAAAAGAAGAAAUUAGCCUCUGACGUGAAUGAAGGGAAAACUGUUUUUAUCAGAAACCUGUCCUUUGACUCAGAAGAAGAAGAUCUUGGGGAGCUUCUCCAGCAAUUCGGGGAUCUCAAAUAUGUUCGCAUUGUCUUGCAUCCAGACACCGAGCACUCCAAAGGUUGUGCGUUUGCCCAGUUCCUGACUCAGGAAGCUGCUCAGAAAUGCCUGGCAGCUGCUUCUCCAGAGACUGAGGGUGUGGGGCUUAAACUUGAUGGCCGUCAGCUCAAGAUUGACUUAGCAGUGACCCGCGAUGAAGCUGCAAAGCUUCAGACGAAGAAGGUGAAGAAGCCGACAGGCACCCGGAACCUCUAUCUGGCCAGAGAAGGCUUGAUUCGUGCUGGGACGAAGGCUGCGGAGGGGGUGAGCGCUGCCGACAUGGCCAAGAGAGAGCGGUUUGAGCUCCUGAAGCACCAGAAACUCAAGGACCAGAAUAUCUUUGUCUCCCAGACCAGGCUCUGCCUGCACAAUCUCCCAAAGGCGGUGGGUGACCAGCAGCUCAGGAAGCUGCUGCUGAGCGCCACCAGGGGGCAGAAGGGAGUGCGCAUCAAGGAGUGCAGGGUAAUGCGAGACCUGAAAGGCGCGCGUGGUAACGUGAAGGGCCAGUCCCUGGGCUAUGCCUUCGUAGAGUUCCAGGCCCACGAGCACGCCCUGGCAGCCCUGCGCCACAUCAACAACAACCCGGACAUCUUCGGGCCUCAGAAGCGACCGAUAGUGGAGUUCUCCCUGGAAGAUCGAAGGAAAUUGAAAGUGAAGGAACAGAGGCUCCAGCGCAGCCUGCAAAAAAUGAGAUCCAAGCCUGCAGCCGGUGAGGCCCAGGGAGAGCAGCCCCGGCCUGGCAAAGCCCAGCAGCAGAAGGCGGCGAGAACGGGAAGCCACACGCAAGGCCAGAGCAAGGCCUCUAGGGAGCAGACAACGGAGAACGCAGUCCCGAACUCGUGGGCGGGGUUCCAGACCAAGGCAGAAAUAGAGCAGGUGGAGCUGCCUGAUGGAAAGAAGAGAAGGAAGGUCCUGGCGCUCCCCUCACACCGAGGCCCCAAGAUCAGGUUGCGUGACAAAGGCAAAGCGAAGCUUCUCCCUCCCAAGAAGCCAAAGCCCCAAGUAAACCAGAGGAAGCAAGAGAAACAGAAAUUGGCUUCUAAGCAGGUGCCCAAGAAGGCGGCGAAGGGAAAUAAGACCGAAAUCCGCUUCAACCAGCUCGUCGAACAGUAUAAGCAGAAACUGUUGGGACCGUCCACAGGAGCUCCUCUCGCGAAGAGGAGCAAAUGGUUUGAUAGUUGA